AACAGCUUCGGAUGAACCAGAACAUAUAUGACAUCUCUGUGAUUUCAAUUUCUAACCUCAUUUUUAGUUUUCUUGUAGUUGAGGCUUUAAAUUUUAGACAAUUUUAGGCAAAAUUACUUUAUACCUAAUAGCUUACAGAAAUUAUCAUAAAUUUGGAGUAAUGGACGGAGAAAACACUAUAAAUAAAUCUGAUUUUUUUCUUAGAGAGAUUCCAGAUGUGAAAAUUAGCCGUGAUAACUACCCUUUAAAAAAAACUGUCGUAAAGGAAGAACUCCAAUUUUUAAGGCUUAAUGAGGGGAUCCAAGAAAAAAUAAUGGAAACUCUGAAAUACAUUCAUGGCCCUGAAUUCAAACUUAAAGAUGCAUCAGCUUAUGAAGAAGAAACAUCAAAUCUUUUAAAAAAAUAUUGGGUUGGUCAAGGAAGUUUGGUUGUUAAAGGAGGUUUUGAUUUUUCCCAAAGUAAAGAUGAGCCCACUGAUGAAUCGGACAGAUUGAAACAGUUCGGACUCAUGAGGCUAGAAAGUUAUGGAUUUCAUAAAAAUCACUGCAUAGAAGCUUUCAACUACUGUAGAGGUGACAUUGAAGAUUGUCUUUAUUUGUUAUAUCACAAGUAUUUCAACUGGGAUGGAACGCAAAAAGAAAUAGAUCAUGGUUUAUCAGAAAAAGAAUUAUUAGAACAGAGAGUAGAUGAAAGAAGUUCCCUUGAAUCAAUCUACGAGAAUUCAUUCAAAGCCAAAACAAAUAGUGUAUGGAUCCUGACCAUGAAAUUGGAUUACCUCAUAAGUAUCUUUCACAAGAUAGAAAUAAAAAAACCUAAAGACAAUAAUCAACAAAAGAAAGAAAAAUGUAGAAACUUGUUGAGAGGAAACUGUAAAUUUGGCAAUAAAUGUAGGUUUUCUCAUGAGAUAGAAAAAGUUGAAGUCAUUCCAAAUGCUCAUCUGAACAACUAUUCAUUUGAUCUUGAGAUUAGGUUUCCUCAUAAUACAAAAUAUCCUUACGAACCCCCUUUGAUAUUUCUGAAGACAAACGCUGUCCUUCCUCCCCUUUUAAAUCUUCAUAUCUGCAAAAGAUUGUAUGAGGAAGCCAAAUUAUUAGCUGAGGAUGGAAUACCUUGUGUUUAUACAAUCACUGAAUUACUUCAAAACGAAGAAGCAAUUAAACAGCAUCUGAAGGAAGAUGUAGACUUUUUGAAACAUAAUCAAAAAUUAUUUGAUAGGAGGGAACCAAAAAAAGAAAGAACUAUCAGGCCCAGUCACUAUGAGAAAGGAAUAACAAACAGGUCCAAUAAAAAAGUUCAGAGCCUGGAAGAACUGAAAAAAGAAGACAAAAAAAUCGUGGAUGCUUUUCUUGCUAGGGUGAAAGAGGACAAAUACAGAUUGAUGAUGCAAGGACGAAAAAAUUUACCCGCCUGGAAUUUGAAAAAAGAUAUAAUAAAUACUAUUAGCCGAUCCCAAGUUGUUGUUGUUAGUGGUGAAACAGGCUGUGGUAAGAGCACCCAAGUGCCUCAGUUCAUCCUUGACGAGUGGAUGACAAAUUACAAUGAAAAUAAUGACCAUAUAGAAAUUGUUUGCACACAACCACGAAGGAUAUCAGCAAUCGGUGUUGCAGAAAGAGUCGCUGACGAAAGAAUUGAUAGAAUUGGCAAUACGGUAGGGUAUCAGAUCAGAUUAGAAAGUAAAAUAUCAUCCAGCACUCGACUGACGUUUUGUACAACUGGAAUAUUACUUAGAAGACUUGAAGGAGAACCUACUUUACCGAACGUCACUCAUAUUGUUGUUGAUGAAGUUCACGAACGAAGUGAAGAGAGUGAUUUUCUACUAUUAAUACUGAAAGAACUACUUCAAGUAAGACCUGACCUGAAAGUGAUUCUCAUGAGUGCUACUAUGAACGCUUCGUUGUUCUCUGAAUAUUUUGGUGAAAUCCCGAUUAUUAAUAUCCCGGGAAGAACAUUUCCAGUCGAUCAGUUUUUCCUUGAAGAUAUACUCGAGACAACGGGCUAUGUAUUAGAGGAAGGUUCGGAUUACUGCAAGAAGUUCAAACAGGGUUCUGAGGACAUUGACACGAUGAUGUCUUCUAGUGAAAUCAAUUAUGCCAAUGCCAUGCCUAGAAAUAAUAUUAGAGAUGAGAAUUUGGCCAUAUCUCAAGUUAUGGCUAGAUAUGAGGGUUUCAGCACCAGAACCUGCAAGAAUUUAUUUAUGAUGGACGUUGAGAAGAUAAAUUAUGAAUUGAUAGAGCAUGUGCUGUGUUGGAUAGUUUCUCGGGAGAAUUCCUAUCCAAAGACGGGUACUAUCUUAGUAUUUCUACCGGGAAUUGCAGAAAUCACAACAUUGUACGAUCAGUUGGCUGUUCAUCCAGAUUUUGGAACUAGAUCUGGAAAAUAUGUACUGCUUCCCUUACAUUCUUCUUUGACAAGUGAGGAGCAGGCAGCUAUAUUCAAAAAACCCAAACCUGGCCAAAGAAAAAUCGUUUUAUCGACCAAUCUCGCUGAAACUUCCAUCACUAUCGACGACUGUGUCUUUGUAAUUGACUCUGGCAAGAUGAAAGAGAAGCACUUCGACCCGAACAGAAAUAUGGAGAGUCUGGAAACGGUCUGGGUGACCAGGGCUAAUGCUCUCCAGAGAAAAGGACGUGCUGGAAGAGUUAUGAGCGGAGUGUGUGUCCAUCUGUAUACGAAUCAUAGGUUCAAGCAUCAUUUCCUGCCACAACCUGUGCCGGAAAUUAACAGGAUUCCUUUGGAACAGUUGGUAUUGAACAUCAAGGUCCUGCCCAAUUUCGAUAAUAGGGAUGUGGCUGACGUGUUGGGGUCAUUUAUUGAACCACCUUCUGAAGAGAAUAUAGUAACUGCUAUAAAGAGGCUUAAAAACGUUGGAGCCUUGGACAAAGAAGAUAAUCUGACUGCUCUGGGUCAUCACUUAGCAGCAUUGCCAGUUGACGUAAGAAUAGGAAAACUGAUCUUGUAUGGAGCCAUAUUUGGUUGUGUAGACGCCGCCCUUACAAUGGCUGCAUGUCUGAGCUCCAAAUCCCCCUUUGUAUCGCCUUUUGGAAAACGGGAAGAAGCCAAUAAGAAAAAACAGUCUUUUGCUUCCGGAUUCAGCGAUCAUAUCACUACACUAGUGGCUUACAAGAAAUUCCUAGACGUAUACAAGAAAACCAGGGUUGGAGCAAGAAAUUUCGCUUCCGAGAAUUAUCUCUCCUUCAAAACUCUCACCACCAUCGGGGACAUUAAGCAUCAAUUUCUAGAACUAUUAGUCGACAUUGGAUUCGUUUCCGUGAAUCUUGAACGGCGAAGAAAGCUGGGUUACGAUAACGUAUAUGAAAUUACAGGACCCGACUUCAAUCGGAACGGAGAGAACAUUCGACUUCUGACAUCUGUUCUCUGUGCUGCCCUCUAUCCCAAUGUAGUGAAAAUCUUAACACCAUCCAAAUCUUUUAUAAUGAGUGCGGCGGGGGCUGUGCCUAAAGAGAACGAAGCCAAAGAUAUGAAAUUCACUACCGCACAGGAAAGGGUCUUCAUGCAUCCAAGUUCUAUAAACUACACUGUCAGACACUUCCCAAGUCCCUACAUGGUUUAUCAAGAGAAAGUGCAAACUAGUAAGGUGUUUUUUAGGGACUGCACCAUGGUUCCUGUGAUACCGUUAGUUCUCUUCUCAGGAUACGACCUUAAUAUAUCAGUUCAAAAUGGAAACACUUACGUGGUACUGGAAGAUGGAUGGAUACUGUUUCAAGUGGAAGAACACAAGAUUGCUGAACUCGUAAAGUUAAUAAGACAGGAAUUAUUUGACCUCCUUGAGGAGAAAAUAAAGGAUCCUCUAUUGAAUUUGUUGCAUCACGAUAAGGGAGAAAAAAUCAUUUCAACUAUUCUAGGUUUGAUAAACUCCUGAGUGUUAUACUGCCAAAGUUAGUUGUAAAUAAUACCUAUUUAUUUUUUUACAAACGUUGAUAUUUUUACAGAAUGGAUGUUAAUUAUAAUGUGAUUGGUUGUACAGAGAAAUAAUAAUUAAUUUUUAAUAAACCGGAGAUGGUUAUAAUGAUUAUCAUCUUUGGCUUUGGCGUGGCAGUAUUGUUACAUUUUUGUAAUUUAUCUCAACGAUUAUGGAGUAGUAUUUUGUUAUCUCUGUUUUUAUCAAAUAAAAAUAUCUUUAUUUUGAAGGCGA